CGAGAAGCCAAACGAAGGGGUGUCGUCGUUUGUGUUUGCUGCUGUGUUCCAUAAAAAAUAAACGUGAAAAACUGAUUCGGAAGGUAUCGUAGAAUGCGGGCGGAGUCUUUGGACGUAUCCGGGAAUCCAUAAGCAACGGGAAAUGCGCGACAACGGAAUUUGAAACGUGUAUCUCAAUAUAAUCGACGAGUGCGGGUCCGGAAGUGUUUCGCGGCCGCCAUUUUGUGCUGUGUGCUGUGUGAGAAGCGUAUGAACCCGCGCUGAAACUGAGCCCUUGUCCCUUCCUUUCUGUUGCCGGUUUAUUUCUAUCCGCAAAACAUUCAUUUGCUCGAUUACGAGGGAUUGAAAAUCAGCGUUGAUGAUCGGGAUUCCGAGGGACGAUAGACACAAGAUCACCGUGAAGAUACGCAACAACAUGAAGAGGAGCUCGAGCCGCGACACACCGCCUCCUAGGGUGAAACGCAGCAGAUCCUCGAUGGGGAGAUACGACGACUCUAGUGACGAGAGAAUCACUCCCGAGCGUAUACGUCGACGCAGCCGGGGCGCCCGCAGUCCUAGCCCACCAACUCGAGCCUCGUCACAUACCCGCUACGUCGAGUCUGGCUCUCAUCGCGAUGAUUACCUCCGAGCGCCCAGAGAGCUGCCCCCGGAGCGUCCUUACAGCUACAAGGUCCUCUGUAUCAGCUCUAUCCACCCAAAGGCCAGUGAUGAAGUGAUCAAAGAUACCCUCUACCGAGAAUACAAGAAAUUUGGUGACUUCUCCAUUAAAAUCUCCCAUGAGCUCGACGAGAGGGUCGCUUAUGUCUGCUUUAGGAGCUCCGAGGAUGCUAGAGAUGCGAAACACGCGAAACCUAGGAUUAUCAUGUACGACAAAGUGGCUCUCGUCGAGCCUGUUUACGAAAGACCUGAUUACAGGAGACCCCGGAGCAUAACUCCGCCAGUUUAUGAGCGUUACUACACGAGGAGUCCUGGCCCUACUGGCGACAGGCACCGUCCCCUGGAACGUUACGAGCGCGUUUACGGUCCUCCGGUGGGUUUACCACCCCCUCAUCGAGAGAUGCGUCGGGAAGCAAUCCCACCUCCUCACCAUGAGUUUGUGAGACCGCCGAUUCACCACGGACCGCCCCAUGUGCACCCCGGCCCUCCACAUCACUAUGGGCCGCCAACCAGACACAUGAUGAUCCGACAUCCGGUUCAUGGAUUCGAACGGGUCGAGAACAAGAAGGACAAAUUCCCGAAUUACCUGCACCACGUGUCGCCUGAAGACGAUCCUCUGGCCACUAGGACUUUGUUUGCUGGCAAUUUGGAGAUAAACAUCACCGAGGAAGAGUUGAGGAGAAUAUUCAGCAAGUACGGAAUCGUCGACGAUAUCGACAUAAAGAGACCGCCACCAGGUACGGGCAACGCUUAUGCGUUCGUCAGGUUCCAGACCUUGGACAUGGCGCACAGGUGUAAGGUCGAGCUAUCCGGGCAGUACAUCGGCAAGUUUCAAUGUAAAAUCGGCUAUGGGAAGGCGACGCCGACGACGCGAAUUUGGGUGGGUGGUCUGGGUCCGUGGACGUCGGUGCCACAGCUGGAGAGGGAGUUCGACAGGUUCGGUGCGAUCAAGAAAAUCGACUACAUAAAGGGAGACAGCAACGCUUACAUCCUGUACGAUUCGAUCGACGCGGCGCAGGCCGCGGUGAAAGAGAUGCGUGGAUUCCCACUAGGCGGCCCGGAUAGGCGUCUACGGGUUGACUUCGCAGACGUGACGCCCGGGUUCGGGUUCAAACCAAGAGGCCCUUACCCCGAGGACACUGGAGAGUUCCGUCCCAGCAGGCCGGUCGACUACGAGCCGGCUUACGAUCCGUACCCCGACAGCGAGUUCGGAUACGGUCCGAGAGGUUUUAGAGGUAGAGGCUCGGCUCCCUGGCACGAGAGACGCGGCGGUGGUGCUCGCGGCGGCUACAGAGGAAGCUAUCCCGACAGUUACUUGAGAGAUCAGGAGGCCGACUGGAGCUCUUCGAGAAGACCACCGCCGGAAUUGGAGUAUGAGACCGGGAGAAAUCUGAGGCGGUCGUUGAGCAGGGAGCCCGGGGUUGAUCGUUCCCGAUCCAGGUCCCCUCGGAGAAGGCAGCAGCAGCAGCAACAACAACAACAGCAACAGCAGCUCGACUCGGAUUCGGACUCGGAAAAUGCCCGCACGGGGAUGUUGUCGAGCUCCCGCACGUUGCCCGAAGUCGCCAGGAAAGCUCAGGCCGUGUGGCAAGGCGCGUUGAUACUAAAGAAUUCUCUGUUUCCAGCGAAGUUUCACCUAACUGACGGCGACGCGGAGAUAAUCGACUCUCUGAUGAAGGACGAGGAUGGCAAGCACAUGCUAAGGAUCACGCAGAGGCUGAGACUCGACCAGCCAAAGCUGGACGACGUCUCGAAACGUAUACAGACGUCCAGCUCGCACGCGAUUUUCCUAGGGCUAGCCGGUUCGAGCAACGUGAUCAGCACCGACGAUGCGAACGUCCAGACGAGACCGUUAAGGAACCUGGUUUCGUACCUGAAACAGAAGGAGGCGGCCGGUGUGAUCUCGUUGGUGAACAAGGACACUGAGGGCACCGGGGUGCUAUACGCUUUCCCGCCGUGCCCGUUCUCCACGGAAUUGUUAAAGCGCACUUGCCCGAGCCUCAGCGACGAGGGAUUAAAGGAGGAUCACUUGGUAAUUGUCGUCGUCAAAGGCGGCAGCGCUUAAAUCUUUAUCUUUCGCAACUGCGGAUAUGUCGUAGGACGGUCGCUCACGGUUAGCACGCGAUGACCGGGCACAGGUAUGUAGACAGAGAGCAAGCUCGACGACAUUCUUACGAACGAGAAACAUGGCAUCGUAUAAAAUAUCCGCAGUUCGAUUAAAGAUCAGUUAUAUACUUAUACAUACUAUAUAAGAUAAGAUAAGCGUCCCAAGUAUCGGCCGGAGCGUUCGAUGCAACGUUAUCAAUUAUUUCUGUACAUCAAUCGUAAUCCUUUUGUUUAAAAAAAAGAAUAUUCAUCGUUCGUAUGGAACGCUCUACCGGUCGUCUGUAUUUGGGUACGGAACUCAGCCGAAAAUUUCCACAGGCAACGAUUCGAGCUAAGAUUAAACUUAAUUAAGAUCAAUUAUAUAAAUAUAUAUAUAGAUAUAUAUAAUGAUUAUGCUAAAGUACUUGUAUCAUAUAAUCGCACUCAUCUUCUCGCUUGCUUGCUUUCUUCCUUUCUUCAUUUAUUUCUCUCUUUAUAUUUGAUCAUUUUUUAUUGAAACACGUUUGUAUAAUCAUUAGCCGGCCCUCGUCGUCGUCAUCGUCGUCGUCGUUACGUAGAUCGUCCAAACUAUGUAUAACGAUGUCAUUAUGAUUACAUAUGUGCGAUACGUACGAUACUUAUAUACAUAUAUAUAUAUAUCUACGUAAAUAGUUGAAUAGUUUGUAAUAAGUGAAGAAGAUAGUAGUUUCGUGCGGACAAAAGAAGUGAAUUAACGACUUUUCCGAGAGUGACUCGCCGUGUGCUCCAGUGAUAGGAACGAGAAUUGGGACAGUGAGGUGAAAAACAAACGCGGGGAGAGAGAGUAAUAAUUACAAUCGUGUACAGUGUGACGAGAAGUAAAAUGUAAUCGCAUACGCAAUACAGUGUUUUCCUCGUGCUUUCUUGACGCUCUUUUCAAAAAAAAAAAA